UCGCAGUGUUUACCCGGAAAUGACAGUCGUUCCUAACAACUGUUGUGGAAAUCUGUAGUUUACCUAUUACGGACCGUUUAAAAUACAGUGCAAUCAUAAAUUACCCGUAUAUGCUGAAUAUAAUCUAUUGAUUCGUUAUGUACAGCGGACUCCUGCCCAGUGGUUUAACCGAAGACGACCUCAGUCCAGAUGACGAGGAGGACAAGCCGGGUGAUUUAGAAGACGAGAAGAGGCAAUUUGAAAAGGGCUCUGCUAAAAACACAUGCUCGCUGGAGGAGUCACAACCGACUCACACUGCAGACAGUGACUCUCCGACAUGCAGUAUGCCUGGCAUAUCCCAGGAAAUGUGGCAAAAAUUCCAGGAUCUGCGGAGGAAGAAAGAUGAUAUAAGGAUAUUAAAGGUCACAGAAGACAGAAGAAAAAGGAAAAGAAGAAAGCGAAAGAAAGGAGCAGAAAGUGGGGAACCUGCAGAAACAAGCAGAGAGCGUCAAGAGGAGCUGGAGAAGCACUGGGAUGGGCUUAAGCAGUAUUUUGGUGUAAAUGAUCGAUUUCAUCCCCCUGCAUGUUCCAAACCCCCUCCGAAGUCCGGCCUAGAAAAGAGCAUAGAGAGGGCCAUAGCUGAAGGGGACAUUGCAAAGGCGGAGGAGAUGAGCGACAGACUCGCCACUCGAGAGAUGGCCGUGAAAAUCGCUCAAGCUGCUGAUUGCCGUGACUUUGUGCAAGGCAAACAGGAAGAGGAAGCUUUGAGGGCAGCGCAGAAAAGGAAGAAGCAAAUAGCCUGGGGCUUUGAGGCGAAGAGGCGGUGGGAAACCAAAAGCAACAUGGGCUACAUGUGACAAACACGGAGGAAAAAGAACAAGACUUUAUAUUUUACAGCAGCAGCAUGGGAGAGGAGAAAAGUCAGCAGUUGGCUGAGAGGAAAAAAAAACCCAAUCCAAAGAGUAAAAAGGAGGAAAAAAAUGAUGAAGCAUUCAAAUUAAUUCCUAAGGCACCCACUGAUGUCUGCAUUGUGUUAUUUUUCAUUACAUUUUAGUGAUUUGAGCGUUCUGCCCCCCCCCCCUUCAAAUUAAAUCUGGUGUACAUUACUGGAUGACGCGUUUAUUUAUUGCUGUAAAGUGGGUUAAUCAUGAAGGCGCUCUUUUCUUCUUCUGGGGAAGAGAAAGGAAAGAUUAGAGCUCUAAUGCAAUGUACAGGAUAAUGUGCGAUAGGAUUUGGGAGUAGAAAAUGAAAUUUGGCUGCUGUAAACUGUUGUGAGCAGUCGUAAACUGAAAGUUCGAAACAGAGGCUUUGCUGCUGGCCCUCGCCCAUGCUGGGAGACUCGCUAUUGUUUCGGAGCCUGAACAAGAGGCGCACGCUGUUUCUCGAAGCCUACACUCGCUACUCAUUGUGUGAUGAGCUCUCUUCAGCAUCUGUAAACUCGUCUAAAAACCGUUCCUCUCCCUCUUACUUUGAUCUUUUUUCUUCUUCUUCUUCUUUUUUUUUGAUCUGCAGCGCUUGCCUCCGCAGCUACUCAACACUUCUGAAAUGCUCAUUCAGAUUCCAGGAAGUGUUAAUUGCAACCAGCAAGCACAAUAAAAAGCCGAAGAAAGAUAAUUACUUUUAGUCAUAAUGCUUGAUUUUUUUUUCCCUUUUUUUUAACCAAACCACUUUAAAAGAAAAAAAACGACUGCUUUGCUUCAAGGUAAUAAGAAUUAAAAAUUAAUCCACCUAAGUUGUUUGCAUUUCACAUAUUUGGGCACUUUGUCCCCUGGUGAGGCGCGUUCUCAUAGGCUCGCUGCAUCAGUAUGGAGUAAAUUUAACAAAACAUCAGCAUUAAAAGUUUGUAGGUCAUUAUGACGCAAAACACCUGAGCUAAGGAAAUCCAAAUAUGAGCGCGAGAGAACUUGGUGAACUUUAAAAAAUCACAGGAUACUGUUUUGUAGCCUCUCAUGUCACGUGACUGUGUCAGAGAAGCUGUCAGUUGGCAGGAAUUGGUGCUAAUUAAACUAUUAAUUAUCUCUGUAAUGAGACACAAGUUAAAACUGUGUUAAGCACAUCAAAGUACAACAUGGGAUUUCUUCACUUUGAUGAAUGCUAUGAAAAAUAUAUCUUGACUGAAGAGUGAGGAAACAUCAGAGAUGCUUCAUUAACGGCAGCAGAAUUAGGAAGGAAGCAAAAAAAAUGUAUGGCCUUUGAAAGUUUUUGGAUAAGUGCUUAAGCGCAAGACAUUUAUUACAGGGAAUUACUGGAUGCAGGUCUGAUUAUUGCGUAUUUCACAAACAUUGCAGAACUUUCCAGAGAUAAGGGUGCUCCAAGAAAACCGGGCUCCUUUUUUUUGCUGCUACAGGAUUAUAGAACAAAAAAAACAUCACAGUACGUGGACUUGUAGUCAUGUAGCCUUAUUUUAAAACUAGUUGAUGUCAGUGAACAUGACCGGUGCUGAUCCAAGAGCAGCGCAGCGACGUAUCAAUAGCAUCUCACUUAUUAAUCUCUUUGAACGCAGCAUAAUGCCCUGAGCAGAGAUGAGUCUGCUUUUAAGCUGGAAAAUCCACUUUCCUCUCCCAUCAUGUUGAGGAGGUGUUUUCAGUAGUCUCUUACUGGAGGCCAAUCUUAGCCCCUGACCUGGGCUGAUUUGUCGCGAAACGCAGAGACAAAUUCCUUGGGCACAUGUCGAACCACUUCUAGGAAAACUGUUGUGUAAAGCAGGCUUUGAAAGAAAAAAAUAAAUAAAACCUCAACAACAACAAUCCCAUUAAAUGGUUGGAAAGCUGCUGUUGUAUGAAAGGGAACAUAUGUUGCUGGUAACAAGACAUUGGCGCUAUCGCUUGCUGCUAUCGCCGGCUGGAAGAGGAUUAACUCGGAGGAGAGAUCUCCGAGAUGCUGCCGAUAAAGGCUAGCCACGCUGAAAAACACUUCACACCUAGAGCGCGGUGUAGCUCAGAGGAAGGUGGCUUUGUUUGUGUGUUGUUAAUUGUUUUCACAUCAAAUUUUAGCCGCAGUGGUUUUUGGGGGGAUUUUUUUCACACAUUUUUGAGUUUUUUUUAAAGUUCAGCUCCAUUUGGAAACCUAAUGGUUUCCAAACGGAGUGGAGCUGAGAGCCAAAACACCACUUUGGCAUUUCAUAAAAGGAAAAAAACAAACAAACCAAGAGUUUUACAUUUUAUUAUCAAAGUGUGAUGUGUUUUGUUUUUUAGUUUAUUAGUGCCUCAUGUCCUAUUUUGUUUUGUGCCUCAAGCCAAAGCAGAAGAGCUGUAACGUGUCAGUUUUUAUAUUUGAUAUCAUGUCAGUUAUGAUUGUAUUCUUGCACACAAGCCCCCCCCUUUCCCCCACACCUUAUUCUCAAAGUAACACAGUGGGAGUGACAGACAGCGUGGAUGUUGACAUAUUCCUUGGCUGAUUUAAUGACCUGCUUAAUUCUGGCACGUCGGCAGCCCUCUCAGAUGUUUUGCAGUUUUAAUUAGUGUAAUCGUCGCUCUCGAAAAAGGCCACAGGGUUGUUUAAUGGGUCAUGUUUGUCAAGAUGCACAGAAUUAUAACACAAAAGACAUGCCAUUUAUUCAGCGCUACACUCUUAGAGUGAUUAUGGGUGUCACAAUUGAUAAUUAGAGGAAGAAUUGAUUCAUCUGAAAGCCAAAAUGAACCUCUGUGGUGUGAGGAAAUUAGUUUGACAGUGUUUGGAUGAGCGGUGUUUACACUGCAGUGAGGCGGUGUGGGAACACUUCACCACUCUCCUGUUAACCGAGGCAGCGUGCACACACUUAACCGCUGUUUGUGGACGGGAGAGUAAGGAGGCUGGAUCUGACAUCUGGAGCAGCGACUGGAAAAUUUUCAGCUGUGACCAAAGUUUUCAUGAAAUUAUCAAUGCGCUGUUUCAUUCUGCAGGCUCGUGUCACAUGAUAAGCAGAGGUUAUGGUUCCAAUUUUCAGGCAGCAAAGAACAAAGUUCUCCGCACAGUUCUCUCAAAGUGUGUGAAUUAGGUCAGGCUAAUAGUUACGAUUUAUAAAAACUGUUUAAAUGCACUUACUCUGCACUAAUUAAAAACUAUUCUAUAUUAUGUGGGUUACAUAUACACCCUCUUAAUGGUUUCUUAGUUCAAAACUGCUUCGAAAGCAUCUAUUUUAUCAUUUAGCCUGACUUGUAGAACAAAAGAAUGAAAAUGAACUUUCAAUUAAUUUUCUCCCUUUGCUAUCGCGAAAUAAAAACAUUCCCACGCACAAA